GCUCCAGCUACUUUGAGAGGCGUGUUUCAGUUUUUGACAGCAACAAAUUGUCAACGCAGCUAGUUGGUUAACUAGGUAUCUCGGCAUUUUGUGUCUAGCACGGUUGAUAGACUGUAUACCAUUUAACACGUUUUGUGCACAUGAGGUGAAAGGAGGAUUGUGAGUGGACUUGGACUUGGACUGGACCCGGACUUUUUCUUUUCGAUGUGACCGCAAUCCCUUGCGGCGGCCAUGAGUGACAGCCACCCUCUUCGGCCGCUGAGCUCCGCGGCUGAGAUCGACCACCUGCACCUACUCUCCGAGCAGCUUGGCGCAUUAGUGCCAAGCGAGGAAUACAGCGAUGUCACGUUUGUGGUGGAGGAAAAGCGAUUUCCUGCACACAGAGUGAUUCUGGCAGCUCGCUGUCAAUACUUCAGAGCUCUGUUGUAUGGCGGGAUGAGGGAGUCUCAACCUCAGGCUGAGGUCCGUUUGGAGGAGACUCGAGCAGAAGCCUUCUCCAUGCUCCUGCGGUACCUUUACACAGGCAGAGCCAGCCUGAGUGAAGCACGAGAGGAAACUCUGCUGGACUUUCUUGGCUUGGCACACCGCUAUGGUCUCCAGCCACUAGAAGCUUCUACCUGCGACUUCUUGCGCACGCUGCUGAACACACGGAAUGUGUGCUUGAUAUUUGAUGUGGCCAGUCUGUACUGUCUGAGGGGCCUGGCUGAGGCCUGCUGUGCCUACAUGGACCGUCAUGCUGUAGAAGUACUGGAGACGGAUGGCUUUCUUACCCUCUCGAAGACUGCCCUCUUAACGGUAGUUAGGAGAGACUCAUUUGCUGCAAGUGAGAGGGAAAUUUUUCAGGCACUCUGCCGCUGGUGCAGGCACAACGGUGAGGGUCCAGUUGUGCAUGAAGUGAUGUCAGCCGUGCGGCUUCCCCUGAUGAGCCUGUCCGAAAUGCUGAAUGUGGUUCGCCCGUCUGGCCUCCUCAGCCCUGACAACCUGCUGGAUGCUAUACAGACCCGCUCGGAGAGCAGAGACAUGGACCUUAACUACCGUGGCAUGCUCAUCCCAGAGGAAAACAUAGCCACUAUGAAGCAUGGAGCAGUGGUGGUGAAGGGGGAGCUGAAGUCUGCUUUGCUGGAUGGAGACACUCAGAAUUAUGACCUGGACCAUGGUUUCUCCAGACACCCCAUAGAGGAGGAGGGCCGGGGCUCUGGCAUCCAGAUCCGUCUGGGCCAGCCUUCCAUCAUCAACCAUAUACGCAUGCUGCUCUGGGACAAAGACAGCAGAUCCUAUUCCUACUACAUAGAGGUCUCUAUGGAUGAGCUGGACUGGGUACGUGUGGUGGAUCACUCCAAGUUCCUGUGUCGCUCUUGGCAGAAUCUUUAUUUCCAAGCACGGGUCUGCAGGUUUAUCCGUGUUGUUGGGACACACAACACUGUCAAUAAGGUCUUUCAUUUAGUGGCUCUGGAGUGCAUGUACACACAGCGUCCUUUCAUCCUGGAGAAUGGCCUACUAGUCCCCAGUGAGAAUGUUGCGACAGUGCAGGCAUGUGCAAGCGUAGUGGAGGGAGUGAGCCGCUGUCGUAACGCCUUGUUGAAUGGGGAUACCAGCCAUUACGACUGGGACUCGGGCUACACUUGCCACCAGCUGGGCUCCGGGGCCAUUGUCAUUCAGCUUGCUCAGCCUUACAUGCUUAGCUCCAUGCGGUUGCUGCUAUGGGACUGUGAUGAACGAAGUUAUAGUUACUAUGUGGAGGUGUCCACUAACCAGCAGCAGUGGGUCAGAGUGGUGGACCGUACUAGAGUGGCCUGCAGGUCUUGGCAAACCUUGCAGUUUGAACGACACCCUGCCUCCUUCGUUCGCAUUGUGGGCACGCAUAACACGGCCAAUGAGGUUUUCCACUGUGUGCACUUUGAAUGCCCUGCUCAGCGGGACAGAGAGGUCAAAGAAGGCAAUCCCAGUCCAAAUCAGUCCAACCCAGACUACAGUUCGCAGCAUGCUCAGCACUCCUGUCCCCAGGGCCUAUCCCAGAGACCCUCCACUUCUUCUUUGCACUCAUAGAAAUGUGAUUCUUACAUGCUGCUUGCUCAAACAUUCACGACACCGUGCAAGCACCAGCGUAAAAAUUUUGCAUCCAAGCAUCUCAUGUGCUGCUAAUGAUAAUAUAUAUUUAUAAUAAAAAUACUUACGGUGUUGGCAGUGAUGAUUUUGUUAUUUUAAUAUUUAUGAAGAAUUUACUGCAUGUAAUAAUAUAUGCUUAGUUUAUCAUAUUUCAUCAAGCACAAAAUGACCGUAGCUCUUUAAAGCUGACUUCUUGGUUCUAGUCUUUCAUAUUUUUCUGUUGUCUUUUUGUUUUUUAGAAGCAAAAUUAAUGAGAACAUUAACAAUUCUGUCUUGACACUCUCCGUCACCCCAAUGAAGCACACCAGAGUAGGCAUUAACUCUCACUUUCAAUAAACUCUUCUGGGCAGAUUUGCUGUUUUGUGCCGUCACAAACUCUUUUUUUGGUGUUUAAAAGUUGCUUUCGUGAUUUACUAAACAGGCAAAAUGAGGCUUUAAGUGCCCAUGAGGUCAAAAGGCCCUUCUCUGCUUUUGCUUUAUUACAUACGCAUUCAUAAGUGUUUCCCUCUCUGUGUGCAAAAAACUGGGAGGCGAUUGUAAUGAUGAAUGACCUACAACGACUGUGUGCUGUUUAACAUCUCGGAAAAAACGUGUUAUUUUUAGCACUAACGUGGCUAAUGUGCUCAGAGAGAAAUGAGAGAAAUUGUCAGACACAUUUAUUUAUUUUCAGCAGAUAAAACGCGCUUGCCAUGUCACAUAGUUUUAGGAAAAUGUAAAUGUUAAUUAUUUUGACCAUUCUCAAUAAUUUGCACUGCUCUGCUUUGAAUAAAUCUUCCCCUGUGAAGCGAACAGCCAGCAAGAUGUACUUCAGACUUUUCUGUGCCGUCAAAAAGGCAGAAGGGUUAUUACUGUAAACUGAGUCACAUAGCAAAGUGAAUAUUAUUAAUAAACUGAAAUAAAAGAUGUAAAUUUGAUGAA